GUUCACAAUCAUCAUCAAUAUAACCAUCAUCAUAAUCAUCAAUAUCACCAUCCUAGUCAUCAUCAUCACCAUCAUUAUCACCAUCAAUCAUAUUAUGAUCACUCAAAAUCUUCAUCAUCCCCACACCUCCCUGCAUCAAUAUAACUAUCGUCAUCAGUCAUUAUCAUUAGUAUCAUACUCUUAUCCGAUUUCCAGGUGAGGGACGCGCUUYGCAGUCAUCGGGUCGCCGGUGCCGAGUGUAACCUAUUGUCCAAUGCUGGAAUCUUCUUAAAAACAGCAAAAAGCUUGUCUAACUCAUACGGCGUAGCAGUGAUUGAGAAAGUACAACCGGGGAACUACCGAGUCCGCGCAUCAAGAAUCGGCUACUAUACCCUAAGUGAAUAUCUUACAAUAGCUCCCGAUUCAGAGGAGUCAAAGAUGAUCCCUCUAGACUUGGUCAUCUCUCCUAAACUGUCGUUGCGAGGGAACGUCGACAUGUACAGAAUCGUACUGACUUGGGGAAAAGUUCCGAGAGAUUUGGAUUCCUACAUUCUGACUCCGUGGCCGACUAGUAGCAAGUGCAAGCACGGAAGGGUAUUUUACAACGAAAGAAAGUGCAAUCAUGGUUCAGAGUCAAUAGGACUAGAUGUCGACGCUACUGACAUGUAUGGACCGGAGACAAUUACCCUGAGGGGGGUGGAGUCGGGCUCGUUUAGCUACUACGUGCACAUAUACACGAAUGGAGUCUGUUGGGAUAAGAUUCGAGCCAACGUCAAGGUUUAUCAAGCAUCUACUGGAGGACUGCUCUACAAUAUAAAUCAGCCUAAGUGCAGUGAAUCCGGUAGUGGCUUCUCAAAGUUCAACUGCUCGCGUUACUGGAACGUCCUCACAUUCGAUGCUUCAACUGCCAAGUUCAAGAUUCAUGCAGGCAGGUUUACCAACACAGCACCCACUCUGACAGACCAUGGACUGGCGAAUCCAAAUUGUAACUGCACUGGGCGGGCCUUUAUCACCGGAAAUGACGUCAUCCAGGCUGCUACGAGACUCUCAGAUGAAGCCGUGAAGCUGAACAUAGAGAAACUGUGUAUAAAGGAGAUGGAAGAAAUAUACAACAAUGCUGCUAAAAAGGACAUUCGUCUCAACCCGUCGAAAUCARUGGCCAAACUAGCGACAUUCGUAAGCAAUAGAAUCGAGGAAAAGCGACGCCUGGCCAUCGCGUUGAAAAACCUUAUCAAGAACGAGUACGAAAAACAUGUCAGGAGUUCUGCGUCCAGUCCCUCGUCAAGCGACACAAACUUAAAAGAGAUCGCACAGAAGCAGUGCUGUACGUACGACGGGGACAAGGCGAGCUACUCUACUGCUUUUAAUAAAUGGGUCGAUAUGAAGUCGAGCUGUUGGUCUUGGCCCCAGGAAAUCAAAGAGAUGCCGCAUGAAUUAGUCUCUGUGUACGAGUGGACAGCACCUCUAGAAAAACUGAUGAUGAACAACUUUGAUACAACAUCUCAAAAGGGAGAGCUCAAGUGGCAGUAUUUCACUGACGAUAAGACAGGCUUCCAUCGAAGGUUCCCUGCUGAGGUACUAGGGAAUGCUCAAUGUGGCACGAGUGACCAGCGUUUGAAGCCCUGGUAUAUCGAAGGUGUUCGCGGACCAAAAAACAUUAUCAUCUUGGUUGAUAUCAGCUACGCCAUGAAAGAAGAAAACAAGUUCUUGUUUGCUCGUACGGCUAUCGUUCAGGUUCUAAAGGGGAUGCUGAAUAAUGAUUUCACUAAUGUUAUCGCGUUUGCUGAAGCAGCCCUCCUACCGGGCAUGACACACGGGGGAGAGUCCGAUGACACGUAUAACAGCUGUCUCAAGUCUCAGCUAGUUCAAGCAAAUGAACAAAACCAGAAAGGUCUUGAAAGGUUUGUGCAAGAUGUGAUGCUGGCAUCGGAGAAGACUGUCAAUUAUUACAACGCUAUUUCUACUGCGCUAAAACUGGUGACGAACACCAUGGCGAAUAACAAUAGAGAUACACACUUAAUAUUCGUUACCGGUAGUCAGGAUACGUCGACAGAGAGUAUACCACAGCUCUUGAAGAACGCCAACACGUCGAUCAGUGUCCAUGUUUAUCAUCUUGUUGGGAGAUCCAACAACAGCUACAUCCGGGACAGCAGAGCCAAGCUGGCUGAAAUGGCUGCUGUGACGAAGGGAAAGCUAGAGACAAUCUACGACUACAACGACCUGGCUUUUCGGAUGGGAAGAUUCUACAAGAACAUUUACAACGAACGAAUACAAUCCUCCGAUCCAUAUCUGUCCUCACCUUCUUUUGAUGAAAGACUUGGGAUGUACGUGACACUAGGAGUACCGUGUUACACUGAUAACAAGCCAUCAUAUAUAUUUCACUUCAACUGUCUCUAG